AAACCUUGCUUGUCUCAAAACUACACUCGGACUCGCUCUAUCUUAUCCCUCGCUCCCUAAUUACCGGCUUCGAUAAUCCCAAAAAAUCUCCACAAUGGUCCGCUUCAAGAACCGAUACCUCCUCGUCGAGUUCCUCGUCCCCGGCUCCCUCAGCCCCUCUCUCACUCCCGCCGGACCCUCAGACCUGAACGCUUCCUCGACAGAAGUACCAGCCCAGACCGGGGAUGAAGAUGAAAGCGAGGACGAAGACGAGCUUUUGCCUAUACCGACUUUACCCUUCAUGCUGCCUGUGGUCUUGCCCGAGCUCAAGACAGGUGAUAAAGAUGAGGGCGGGCAGGUUGUGUAUAGAGCUAUCAAAAACCUUGUCUUGAACGUAUUCGGAGAUGAAGGAUGGGGACGGAUAGCCAGCAGUUUCCGAGUUAUCUAUCAUUCUCCCCUCACCACUCUCACUUUCAUCCGCAUAGCUCGCCACCACUACCGCCUCCUCUGGUCAGCCAUAACCCUGUUGACCACCCUGGGCCCCAACAACGUCCCCAUAAUACCACGCGUCCUCGCUGUCUCUGGAACUAUCAAAAAGCUCCAGAACACCGGGACCGCCUAUCAUCGGGCGGUGGUCGGCCAGCUGGUCAGUGCGGGUGUUUCGGGGGCUGCUUUGAGUGGGAAUGGGGGGCUGAAUUGGGGGAGAGAUGUAGAGCGGGAGAGGCAGGAUAUUGGGCGGUUGCAGGAGGCUUGAGACGGAUGGGGGACGGUUUACGACUUUUUACGAAUCCACAUGAAGCGCCAAUGCAUUGGACGCAUAGAGGAGACCGCGGACCAGGCGAGUAUCUGGCUGAUAACUGAACACCUCACGACACUGUUAGAGCAUACAUGGUUAGAGCCGCUGAGGGAUGUCACUCGGGCUCGGGCACAGUGGCACUGCGCAAAACCCUCUCAAGCCAGAAUGCAAGAACGUGUAAAAGCU